CGGGAGUCCCCUCACUGCUGGAUACAUACCAUACUAUAAUCUGCGAGUGACUUUAACUGUAGUGUGCCUUCGUGUGAUCGUUAGUACAUAAACGUCACGAUAUAACUAACUCAACGAGGAUACCUAUCUUAAGGUUUUACAAAGUUUAUAAACAAAUCCAGUCCUGAAAUCAGCGACAACCUGAUGUGUGACCGUCGGCAGCAUCAACUAACACACCUUCGUCGCUGCGUUCCACAAGGUGUAACGUCCGCCACGGUAAUUGGGUAACGAGGAUCUUGAAAGAAUAAAAACCACCCUCACGAUUAUCCAUAGAGUGAAACGAGCUUAACGAAUAUCUCAAUAUCCAAGUUUACAUUAAAACCAUAAACAAACAGCUAAAUUAAAUUGCAGCGUGAGAGAAGAGCCCCACUAUGUCGCUUAGUCUGAGAGCGCGAAACUGUGGUCCUUCUGCAGUACGCUCCUUCUUUCUCUUCCCAUGUGUCGUGGCGCUGGUAUUGUUGGUGAUCCCUGGUAGCGCCUUCCUGGGCCGCGGCACACUCUUGCCGACUGAGGGCGACAUAUUUGGUAUUUACUGCCCGGAGUUCGACCGUGGCACCCGCGUGUGGCACCAUCGGGAGAUUACAAGGGAGGCCGUCAGGAGGGUCAUCGGCAAGUACUUCCAGGAGGUGCCACCAGCGACCGGGAGUUAUGACCACCGGGAGGGCAUGACCUUAGAGGAGUCCUACGCUGAGUAUUACGGCCCUGACAUGUCCCCGAAGCCCUUCCUCCACUCACUGUCUUACCUGGUUGACGCCGCAGUCCAGGCUGACCACGGCCUCCUUGGUGCCGACCCCAGGUACCACUUCGGCAGCGAGAGGUUUUCAGAGUCGCAGACGCUGUUGGUGGGUCGCUGGCGGAGGAUUAUCAAGGCUAGCCAGGCUGGGGACUACACCUCCGCCCUUUACCUACUGGGGCUCUCAUUAACUGCCAUCCAGGACUUCUACUCCCACACCAACUGGGUAGAAUUGGGCAAUACCGAAUUCAACCAUGACGUCGGCGUCAACGGCAAGGAUUUCAAGAACGUGGCGAGCUUCCAGGAAGGGACCUGCAAAGACUGUCCCGAGGCAGCUGACGGAGCGGGAUCCUGCCCAAACAACCUGCUCCAGGAGAUCCUCGACUCAGAUAAGCUCACCUCAGGAUACACCAACGACGCCUUCGUGGACGGCAAUAGGGUGGAGAAGCCGCUGAGUGUCGAUAAAUGUAGUCAUGGUGGUCCCAGGGACAGGUCGAGGAGGGUGGGGGCUCGGGGGGGCAUCAACAAGGACCUCCCCACUGCCUGUUUCUCCCCUCACCACCACCUUCACCACCAAGCUGCUAAACAGGCUGUGCAGGCCAGCGAGUAUUACUUAAACUUAGUGCGUGGCGGUGUAGGGGACGAGGUGUUCAGCCGCCUGUUUGGACUACACCCAACACCCGCCCUAGUCAUCAUCCUCGACACCACAGACUCCAUGGAUGAGGAACUGUCAGCCCUCAUCCACUCCGUCAAGCGCCUCGUCAUCCAACACUCCACGGUUACCUAUCCCCCGGCGGAAUACAUCCUUGUUCCCUUCAAUGAUCCACUUUAUGGUCCAGUCACAAGAUCACAGCGGCCUGAUGAGAUCUAUCUGGCUCUCACCCAGCUGCAGGCGAUCGGUGGAGGAGACGAGGCGGAGCUCAGUAUGUCAGCGCUUCUCCUUGGUCUUCAUCACGCCCCUCCGUACUCACACCUCUACCUGUUCACUGACGCCUCCAUCAAGGACCCGGAGCUCUUCGACACCGUGGUCACUCUAGCACUGGCUAAGUCUGUUAAGGUAACUCCCGUACUGACGAUGCCGGUGCGUUUCGGGGGCAUCACUGGUAAACUGACACUUAAGGAGGACGUGGAGUCUCACCUUAACAGUUACGACAACGACAGCGACAGUAACAGGACCGCCAACACCAGCAGCCUCAGACUGGACAAACACAGCAGCAGCAGCAGACGACCGAAGAGGCAGCUGCAGAGUUUCGGCAAGUACAGUGAGCUGGCGGAGAGGACAGGAGGCCAGAUCCUUGAGACGGACAGUGACAAGGUGACAGAGACCUCCAGAAUACUCGAGGAAGAGCAGUAUCCUAUGGCCGUGCUGUGGCGAGAGUCCUACGUGACGUCAUUAACGAAGGUAAGGGUUCCGGUGGACUCUCUGGUGAGGCAGUUGGAGGUGUCUAUCGCUGGCGGGGUGUCCACUGCUCACCUCAUCUCCCCAUCAGGUACCAGGUUUGAUCUGGCGGCCCUGGCGGGUUCCGUGGACCACAUGGGCUAUACCGUUGUGGCUUUCACUCCCUACCUCAUACAGGUACGAAUCAACAUGGCUCAGCGACAGAAAGACUUCGGAGAAUGGACUUUAAGCUUUGACCCCACCGAUGUGUCAUCAGCUGUUAUCUACGCCCACACGCCCAUGGACAUCCUGCCAGCUUACUACACCCCGGACGCCGGCUCCAUCCAGCCCUCCCUACAGCGAGUUAUGGGCCAACCAAGCACAGGUCAGGACACGUACUUAGACUUGGUGAUAACGGGAGUGGACACUGCGGGGCUGCGACUUAUCGACAGUGUUAGUCUCCGGGAUGAGUCUGGCACAGAAUUGAGCUUGGAUGUGCCCAUCAAGUCCCCGCGUCGUAACACCUACCUCCGCCUCCCCACCAGACGACUGCCAGAAGAGCGAUUCACAGUAGUGGUCACUGGAGAGGAUGGCGCAGGAAAACGGUUUCGUCGAGAGAGCGGGAAGGGUUGGGAACUGGUAGAGUCGACGCUUUCCUUUCCUCUGGGUCGUGAUAUCUGGGGUCCUCCUGGCGCGAAUCUCAUCAUACCUGUCGCCAUCACUAACUCCGCCGCUCCCAACACCUACUUCAUCACGGCGUACGAUGCGCUAGGCUCACAAGUCAGGGUCAACCAGAAACGGGUACAGCUUGGGAGGAACGAGACAAUGACCCUGAAAGUAACGAUGGUGAUCGACCCUCAGGCCUUACCCCACACCACCAACUCCUUGAUAGUGACGGCCACCUCCACCCACGGCCACACCGCCCUCGCCCACGCCCACCUCUCUGUGACCGCCGUAGGAAGCGACGUAACAGGGCCGUACUGCGACAUGUAUCCGAGGACUUCCUGUGACGGCCACCUCACCACAGACACCUGUUCGAGCCUGGAGUGGAGUACACGGAUCACUAUUAGGGACGACGGCGAUGGUAUAGAGAGGCUGGACACUGAUCCCGUCACCAACAACCUCCCCUACUUCACUAUCGGCGACCAUAUCGUGGAGUGGCAGUAUAAAGCCAAGUGCUGUCAACCACACCUUACCAUUCACGUGUACGACCGCGCCUCCAACCUGGGCGUCUGCCAGAUUGACAACGGAAAUGUCUCAGGAGGAGACAAUCUCAACACUGGCGAGAUAGCAGGAAUCGCCGUCGGUUCUGUCCUGGGACUGGUUGUGCUUGUUCUUCUCAUCAUAUUUAUUGUUAUUCGACUUCGUCGGAGUAAGAAGGAGAAUAUCACUCUCAAUAGAGCUGCGAGUAGAACUUCUGCAGAAUAGGAACGACUGAAGGAACACCUUAGAGGGCAGGGCUUGAGUCCAACACCUGUGAGCAAGACGUCACAAAAUUGCUUGGAGUCUAGGGUAAACAAUCAGAGGGAUAAACCUGACGAUUCUGAUGCUCCGUUGCCAAGAGAACUCGCUGAUCCCUCAAGAAGCGCCUCAAGGCUCUCGGGGGUGUCGACAACCACAACUUCAGAGUCAGGUUCAAACAGGUGGUCGUCGACCCAAUCUUCAGGACAAAGGAGCAGCGUCUCAGGGCACCAUCUGUAUCCUCCAAGUCAGACGAGUUCUAGGUCUAUCACAUCCUCAGACCAGACGAGUGAGUCGUGUCGGUCGUCAGAUAAGUCAUCAGUGUCAAGAUCUUCCUAUCAGUGGGGCUUCUGGAGAGUUCGUUUCCUAAGACCACCUUCAGUUUUUACUGUGAAUAAAGAAUGUGUUUAAGACACAUUACGAACUUAUCAAUGGAUACGUCAGGUUGAAAACGUUUCAAAACCUUGAAAAUAAAAUACAAAUCUAAAGCUCCAAACAAGGAACAGUCCAGUGCAGCUAAAGUAUUCGGAUGCAUAAUUUCUAUGUACCAGAAGAAUCUUGUUUUUGUAGUAAAUAUUGAGGAGAUAUUAUGAAUAAAAUUUGGAGACACAUCCCUACAGUACUUCUGAAAGUGGGGCAGUGUUAUGUCGACUGCCUGGUUUGGUCUAGUGAACUGAGUAAUGACGGACUCGGAGGCUGAUAGCGACGUGACGGGUAUCAGGAGUUAGGUGUUCCUUCACAUUAAUUACGG